CCAUCAAAACUGCUUUGCUUUUCAUAAAGUUGUUUGUGUCGUCACCUUGUGGUGGUGAUUUUCAAAACUUGUGUAUUAACUUCAAUUUACAACAAUCUAUUGUGUGUUGCAAUCGUUUACUGUGUGCUGGGACAUACAAGUGCGAUAGUUCAUUUAUAGUAAUCGUCAAGGAAACUACGAUGGCGGAGCCAAAACCAGAAAACAAUGGUAAUGGUAGUAACGGAGACGAACAAAGGGAGAACGGCGGAGGAGAUGAAGGCGACGCAUGGGGAAGUAGUGACUCCUCAUACAUACGGCAAGUGGCAAAAAUGCCUGUCGAUAGGAAUGCCGCAUAUUAUAACAUGAACCACAAAAACCGCGGCAUGGCCAUUAUCUUCAACCACGAGCAUUUUGAUAUUCAUAGCCUCAAAUCGCGCACGGGAACGAACGUCGACAGCGAUAACUUGAGCAAGGUGCUCAAAGCCCUUGGCUUCAGAGUCACGGUUUGCCACAAUCUGAAAUCUGAAGACAUUAAUAGGUACAUACAGGAUCUUGCUGGAAUGGAUCACACCGAUAAUGAUUGCCUGCUUAUUGCGGUGCUGAGUCAUGGCGAACUUGGUAUGCUGUAUGCUAAGGAUACUCACUACAAGCCAGACAACUUGUGGUACUACUUCACAGCUGAUAAAUGUCCAUCAUUGGCUGGUAAACCAAAGUUGUUCUUUAUCCAGGCUUGUCAAGGAGACAAGCUUGAUGGCGGAAUCACUCUAUCAACUUCAAAUCGCACUGAAACUGAUGGCUUGUCCAGUUCUACCUACAGAAUCCCUAUUCAUGCUGAUUUUCUGAUAGUGUUUUCUACUGUGCCCGGAUACUUCUCUUGGCGCAACACUACCCGUGGGUCCUGGUUCAUGCAAGCACUGUGUGAGGAGCUGCGGUAUGCUGGAACUGAUAGAGACAUUCUGACACUGCUAACAUUCGUUUGUCAAAAAGUGGCUCUUGACUAUGAGUCGAACACUCCAGACAUGCCUACUAUGCACCAACAGAAGCAGGUGCCGUGCAUCACCAGCAUGCUGACCCGACUCCUUGUAUUUGGCAGUAAGAAAUAAGUUUUGUUUAUGCAUUUGCUUGAUUUUCUACUGAUCUAUCAAGAUUAAAACAAUCUUAGUUCCACUUAAUUUUUGUUUUUUAGAUUUAAUUAUUAUGUGUUUUAUCUAAUUCUGCAUUUUCUGUGAUCUCUGAAGAGGUGCGAGCUUAAAUGUAUGAACAAAUCUUAUUUUUAUAAUUUGAAUACCUAGUUAAAGGUGGUUGCAGUUGUUGGAGAUUAUAGAGCAGCUAGAAAUUCAUAAUGAUUAUUAGAUUAAUGUACUUACAAGAGAUUUUUGAUACAUUAUUACUGUAGUGUAUAUGUAUCACAUAUACUUAUAAAUAUGCCUAAUUAAUAUACAUUCAAUUAUAUCAAAAUUUGAUAAACCUUUGUAUAUGGUAAGCUAAUUAUUACCAUACUAUAUAUUAUAUUAAUUUUCCUCUUCCUUGGCUAUAUAAUAAAUGGUCACAAAUAAUUAUAAAGCACAGAGUAGGAUAAUACUUAUGUAUUUAUAAUUGCAGAUUAUGUGGGGCCUCCUAAAAUAAUCACAAACAUGGGUAGCUUAGAUCCUACCACCACCCUGUUACCUACACCUCUACAAAUUUCCUUCCAAAGCCUGUGGCAAAUGAAGUUUUUAUUACUCGGUGCAUUUAUCAUAGUUAUAAUGGUAAUUAUUACUUUGUUAUUAACCUGCUUGAAAUGCUUUGAUGCACAAUCAUGACAUCCACAAUAGUCACAAUACUCUGAAUUAAUUGAUCUGAUAUUUUUAAUACUUUUAUAGACAGUAACAAUUUCUUUACAUACAGUAAUAUUUUUUAACAAGAUAAUGAUUUAAUUAGGUGAUUUCAUAUAUUUACCUAUAAUGGGUAAUUUAUUUUCUCAUGUGCUUUAUGUUUAAAGAAAAUUAUUAUAAUUAACAAUGCAACAUUAACACCUACCUAAUUUGUUUCUCCAUAUUAGUUAUGUUAUGUUUUUGUUAAUCUAGGAAAUGUUUAGUUAAAAUUAGUGUUACUUGUGAGUUUCACAAUAACACUUAAAUAUAACAGUGGCGGGGCAUCAUAUAACAUGUUAAUUUGGCCUACAAAUUAUCUCAAAAUAUAAAGCCAAUGGAAGUAACUUUUUAAAGCCUCGCCCCUGAUAAGUUAGUAACUUCAAUAAGCCUCAUAGAAAUUAAUUGUGUGCUAGUUGUGAAUUUUGAACUUGCCACUUGAUGGCCACUUGUCAUGUAAUUUUGCCAGAUUUUUGUUUCCAUUUGAUUUACUUUUACUUAGUCAAUAACUGUAUGAGCUUAAUUUUAUUUUGUAUUGAAGUAAUAGUUUUUAAGUUAUUUUUCUUUGCAUACCUUGAUUCCAUGAACAAAAUAGUGAAAAUAAGUUAGUUGUAUUUGAUGAAGUCUUGUCAAUUUUGUUUUAGUAUAAUGUAUACAAUAUUCCUUGAAAUGAUCUUUUUAAGUGUAAGAAUUCUUCUGCCAUUUUAGUAGUAUAGUAUAAUAUUUCAUGUAUUCAUAUCAAAGUAUCAUACCAAUGAUGUAAAGGAGAAAAAUAGAUCAAAAUUACCUAAGUAUUUUAGUAGAAAUUUGGCAAUGUUCAGAAUUAUGCUCAAUGUUGGACUGGUGUAUGUGAUAUGAAUUGAACUGAUAAUGAUUAGAAUGUGAUAAAAAGUAUUCAAAAUACCUGUGAGGAAAAUAAUUCUAAUGAUAUGCUAUGUGUGAUAUAUAUGCAUUCUUUUUGUAUGUGCCUUUAAAGACACUUUAAUAUUUCGUAGUUAUGUAAUGAUCAUAAAAACUUUUUAAUGCACAAUUUCCUCAUAGGGAUUUUAACAAGAGCAUAAAUAACGGAGUUAAUUUGUUAGUGAAACUAUUUUUAUACUAAUUGUAUAAGGUUUAUUAAGCAAUAAACUUUUCUUCCAUGAA